GUCCCGCGACGCCGCGCCGGCCCAGCCGCACCCCCGCCACCGCCUACCGGCUGAAUUGAGCGCGGGCGGCGCGGGCUCCCCGCACGCAGCGCCCGGCCCGAGCCGCCCCCCGCCCCGCGCAGCCCCCCCGGCCGGGAAGGCGCUCCCGGGCAGGGCCCCGCCGCCCCGCGCCCCGGACCCGGCCCGGCCAUGGCGUGCGGCGCCACCUUGAAACGAACUCUGGAUUUCGACCCACUGCUGAGCCCAGCCUCCCCGAAGCGGCGGCGCUGCGCCCCCCUGGCGGCCCCCGCCGCCGCCGCCGCGUCGGCCUCAGCCGCCGCCUCCUUCGCCGCCGCCUCCCCGCAGAAAUACCUGCGCAUGGAGCCCUCGCCCUUCGGAGACGUGUCGUCCCGCCUCACCACAGAACAAAUUCUGUACAACAUAAAACAGGAGUACAAACGCAUGCAGAAGAGGAGACACUUAGAAAAUAGCUUCCAGCAGACAGAUCCAUGUUGUUCUACUGAUGCACAGCCACAUGCAUUUCUUCUUACUGGACCAGCUUUGCCAGGUACUUCAUCUGCAGCAUCAUCACCAUUGAAAAAAGAACAGCCCCUGUUUACUCUCAGACAAGUUGGAAUGAUCUGUGAACGUUUGCUGAAAGAGCGUGAAGAGAAAAUCCGUGAAGAGUAUGAAGAAAUCUUGACCACAAAACUUGCAGAACAAUACGACGCAUUUGUGAAGUUCACGCAUGAUCAAAUCAUGCGACGAUAUGGAGAACAGCCUGCUAGUUAUGUUUCAUGAAUCAUGUUUUCUGCAUACGUGGGCUGCCCUAUCCACCCCAUUUAAUUGCUGCAAGCUGUCCCAGUAAGAACUUGCAGCAAUGCCAUAUUUCCCCCACCCCACCCCCUGUGAACACAGGUUAUUUCAAGCUUUUGUCAGUGGCAACCACUCUUUUAUGCAGCAACUGGUUUUGGAGUGCUCCCUGAUGUCAGUACCACCUGGAUGUGGACCUUUGCUACCUGUAAUAAUACCAGUGGCCUCAUUUGCUGUAUCAUUAAAAUUUGGCUUCUUAUGUUAAUAAGUUUGAAAAAGUAAAGGAUUAAAGCUGGUGUUCUAGAACUUGCCCUUCACUGGUUGUGUAAAUAAAAAUGUAGAAUGACACUUCUGACUGAAGUUAGUGUGGUUUUCAUAACUGUGCACUACAACCAAGCUGUAAUCACAGUUAAAUUAGAAUGUAAUCCCAGGACAAUUUUAAGCAAAUAGCCCACAGUACUGCCUGUGAAAUAGUGAAGGAGGGCAUUUCUGUAUUCCAUGACUUUUUUGGGGGUUAAGAAUGGGUUUAUAUGAUUUCUCAUUUUUGUAGUUUUUAUUUAUUCUAUCCGUCUUUAACAAAUGUUUAUUGCUGCAAUUUUUCAGUGUAUCAUUGUUUUACUGCCCUUGUAGUACUGGAAUUUAGUUGGAAGAAUAAAACAUUUACUUCUAA